GUGAAAUGAAAGAGCCGUUUUAUUUACUUACACUCCGUCAUGCUCGCCUUGUGCUUGCCAAGCCAUGACGGGAGAGAAUGGCAGAAGGGUUUAUAUAAAUGGUGAAGAUCAAAAGGAAGCGCGGCUAACUGAAGAGCCUUUUUGCGUAUAUCAAAAGAAUAUCAAAGAAAAAGGAGGCGCUGGGGAGAGAGAGAGAGAGAAAGAGAGCGAGGGGAGAGGGAAAGAGACCAAGUUGAAUUUCCAAGCGGCGGCCAAUCAAUCUCUUUGACCUGUACAACCCAACCAAAAGAUGAAUCAGCCAGAUGUAGAAUGGCCAAGGGAACAAGGUCGCCUCAAGAACGUGUUACGCCUGAGCAAUGAUGUAACUUUGGCUCAGCUGAAGUAUGUCGGAGGUGUCGAUUUGAGCUUUCCAUUGAACGACAGUGAUCAUGCCGUUGCUUGUGUCGUCGUUCUGGAAUUUCCUUCGCUAAAAUUGAUCCAUGCUUCGUAUAAAUGGGUUACUCUAACCCUUCCUUAUAUCCCGGGCUACCUGGCAUUUAGGGAAGUAGGCCCGCUAGUGGAGUUAUUAAAUGAUUUGAAAGCCACUCAGCCUGACAUAUAUCCACAAGUUAUCCUCGUUGAUGGAAAUGGUAUCCUUCACCCGCGUCAAUUUGGCCUAGCAUGUCAUUUGGGAGUUUUGUCCGACACUCCUUGCAUCGGUGUUGCAAAAAAUUUCCUCCAUAUCCCGGAAGAAGGUUCGGCUAUGGAGAUGGUGGAGGUGAAAGCUCGUUGCAAAAAGGCUCUACAAAAGCGAGGCGAUACGGUAGACCUAAUUGGAGCUUCUGGAGUUGUUUAUGGAGUGGCACUGCGAUCAUCCGAUGAUGCUAAAAAUCCUGUUUUUGUAAGUCAAGGUCAUGGUGUCGAUCUACCCACCGCUGUAGAAAUCGUAUUGGCCUGCAGCAAGUUCAAAAAUGCCGAACCCAUACGACAAGCAGAUGGCCUUAGCCGCAAAUACAUCCGUGAUCACAAUUUGUCACGAUAGAACCAUAGGCAUGCUCAUGUCUCAACUUCAAUAAACACUACGAUU